AUGGAAUCGAGUGACGACGAAGCUGAUCAAGCACCGGCAGAAACUUGCAACGAAAACGAUGCUGCGAUGGGAACGUCGCAAAACGCUGAAGAUGACGUCGAGAAUGAGGAUGUCGAAGAGCCGGUGCUUGAUCAGCUUCGUCGUCACUCGAUUCCAUUUGCUAGUCUUCUUCAAUCCGCCUAUGCGCCACUUGAGCCUCGAAAAGAGUCGCCAAUUAAUCCAGUUUCACUCGCCAUGCAACUCCUCAUCCUACUGUUGCUCAGCGUUGCCCACGCAAGUGCAGCGUUUAGUUGUAAAAAUCAAUCUGGUAAUGACGUGGAUUGGUUCGCUGUUUACAAAAUGCCGAUUGAAAAAGAUGAUGGAUCUGUUCCCGGAUUGGCGAGUGGGACUGGAUGGUAUUAUCUAGAUGUGAACAAGAAGGGAUCAUUGGCUCCUUCGCCGAAAACUUUGGAUGAUAAGGAUCAAGCGAUUGCGCACACUCUCCAACAAUAUUAUGAUAAGCAGAGCGACAAAUCAAUUUUCCACGUGAUGUUCAAUGAUGAGCCAUACGGAUCAAAGUCGCCGAAACUUGAGGAAAUUCUCAGCAAUCGCGUACUUUCUAAUUACUCAGACGCUCCAAGCACUUCAACGAUAUACGGUCAUACGAAAGGUGUUAUCUUCUUCGAUGGAACAAGUGGAAUUUGGCUUGUUCAUAGUGUUCCAUUAUUCCCAAAUCCAACCAAAUAUGAGUACCCAGUUAGUGGGCAUGAUUAUGGGCAAACCAUGCUUUGCAUGACAUUCAAAUAUCCGGAGCUCAAGAAAAUUGGAACCCAACUCUUCUUCAACCGUCCGAACAUCUACUCAUCUAAUCUUCCAAGUAACAUGGCCGCUGAAAACCCAGAUCUCGCUAAGGCUAUUGCCGGACAAUACCAGAAAGGACAGCCAACAUUCAAUGUAGUCGAGCUUCAAACGAAAGCUGGUUACACUUUCACCAAUUUCGCAAAAACUAAAGAGUUCAAUGCUGAUCUUUAUGAUAAGCUCGUCGCGCCGCAUCUCAAGACUGACCUUGUUGUUGAAUCGUGGAGACGUGGUAGUCAAAUCCCUCUAGAGUGUCAGCUCACUUAUCAUGCUAAUGAUGCAUUGAGCAUCACUGUUGGAAAGACUACAACAUUCUCCUACACCAAAGACCAUUCAAAGAUGGCUCAUUCUGCGGAUAUGACUAAGCCAUGGGUGUGCAUUGGAGACAUCAAUCGAAUGACUUCGCAAUAUGUUCGAGGAGGCGGUACAACUUGUCUGUCAUGCAGUUUUCUCUGGAAAGCAUAUAAUCUUUAUUUUCUCAAUGUAUUUUUAAAAUUUUAA